CGCGGAGCGAGUCACGGACCAUGAGGAGCGUUCGGAACACCUGGCCCAAGGGCAGCAUCGAAACUGGCCGCGUCCUGCUGCGCUGAGACCGUGAGUCCGAGAGGGGCGCGGGCGGCCGGGCCGCACUGGAGCGCACCGCCAUGGCAAGGGAGGAGUGCAAAGCGAUGCUAGACGCGCUCAACAAGACGACUGCGUGCUACCACCACUUGGUGCUGACCGUCGGGGGCUCGGCGGACUCCCAGAACUUGCGGGAAGAGCUGCAAAAGACGCGCCAGAAGGCGCAGGAGCUGGCGGUGGCCACCUGCGCCCGGCUGACGGCCGCGCUGCGCGACCGGGGCUUGGUCGCGGAGGAGCGCUCAGAGUUCGAGCGCCUCUGGGUGGCCUUAUCGGGCUGCCUGGACCUGCUGGAAGCCGACAUGCGACGCGCGCUGGAGCUGGGCACCGCCUUCCCGCUGCACGCGCCGCGGCGGCCGCUCGUACACACCGGGGUGGCGGGCGGUUCCGCGGGUGUGGCGGCGCGCGCCCUGAGCACCCGCAGCCUUCGGCACGAGGCGGAGAGCGACUUCGACGUCACGGACCUGCGGGAGCUGGAGCGCGAGAUCCUCCAGGUGGGCGAGAUGAUCCACAACAUGGAGAUGAAAGUCAACGUGCCCCGCUGGACGGUGCAGGCCCGGCAGGCCGCGGGCGCCGAGCUGCUGUCCAGCGCCAGCGCAGGCGCCUCCUCGGCGGGGGCGGUGUCCGUACAGGAGCGCUCGGGGCCCUGCGACCCCAACAAGGCCUUGGCCGCCACCGUUUUCAGCGCCGUGCUGCUGGCAGCUGUGGCCCUAGCCGUGUGCGUGGCGAAGCUGAGCUGA